CUCUCUCAAGGCACAACCAACAGACUAGCAAGAUCCGCCAAUCAACUUUAUUUGUUUUUUCGUGGGAGAUUUUCUUUAUAAAAUCAAAAGAGCUUUACCCCCCCCCCCCCCCCCCCCAAAAAAAAAAAAAAAAAAAAAAAAAAACCAAAAAAAACCAAAAAACAACAACUGGAAAUUAUGUUCCAAUCGGCGCGGAUCCAGCCGGCAAGAUGAUGAUUUUACCAAGGAGUGGGGUAGAUUGCGUAACGGAUUCGGUGGUGUUGGUGGUAUUCCUCGUGUCUACUUUUUUGGGGACUGCCUUGGCCAAGGAUACUGCUUUUGUGGAAGUGGUGCUGUUCGAGUCCAGUCCUAAUGGAGAUUAUACGACUUACACCACUGGUUUGCAAGGACGAUUCGCAAAGGCUGGAGCCAUUAUCAGCGCAGAAGGCGAGAUCGUGCAGAUGCAUCCUCUGGGACUCUGUAACAACAACGAUGAGGAGGAUCUCUAUGAGUACGGCUGGGUGGGCGUGGUCAAGCUGGAGCAGCCCGAGCUGGACCCCAGCUGUCUCACGGUUCUGGGGAAGGCAAAAAGAGCAGUCCAAAGAGGAGCCACUGCAGUCAUCUUCGAUGUCUCUGAAAACCCUGAUGCAAUUGAUCAGUUGAACCAAGGCUCGGAGGAUCCACUCAAGAGGCCUGUGGUGUAUGUGAAAGGAGUGGAUGCCGUGAAGCUCAUGAACAUUGUGAACAAGCAGAAAGUGGCGAGAGCCAGGAUCCAGCACCGGCCUCCUCAGCAACCCACAGAGUAUUUCGACAUGGGGAUCUUCCUGGCCUUCUUCGUGGUGGUGUCACUGGUCUGCCUGGUUCUCCUCAUCAAGAUCAAGUUAAAGCAGCGUCGGAAUCAGAGUUCCAUGAACAGAAUGGCUAUCCAGGCACUGGAAAAGAUGGAAACAAGAAAGUUUAAGUCAAAGAGCAAAGUUCAUCGAGAGGGGAGCUGCAGCGCCUCGGACACACUGACCAGCAGCUCCACUGCCGACUGUGCCAUCUGCCUGGAGAAAUACAUUGACGGAGAGGAGCUCCGAGUCAUCCCCUGCGCUCACAGGUUUCAUAAGAAGUGUGUGGAUCCAUGGCUGGUGCAGCAUCACACCUGCCCACACUGCAGGCACAAUAUCAUUGAACAGAAAAAGGGAAACCCUGGACCCGUCUGCGUGGAGCCUGGCAAUCCUCCCCACAGCCGGCAGCAGAGGGUGCUUCUUCCGGUACACUACCCCGGGCGAGUGCAUAGGACCGGCCCGAUCACCUACCCAACCCAGACCAGCAUGGAUCCCCACGGCAACCCCAUCACUGUCCUGACAGUGGACCAGCACGGGGAGCAGAGCCUGUACCCGGCGCAGUCCUCCAGCUUCGUCCGGAGCUACCCGCCCAUCCAUCUGGACCGCUCUCUGAACCCCCGCCACUGCAUCGGGGAGCACCGGCCCUCCUACCCCCAGCCCCACACCUUCAAGAGGCGCAACUUCUCUCGGCCUGCCUGCUUCUCGCAGUAUGAGACCAUGUACCAGCACUACUUCUUCCAGGGUCUGAGCUACCCGCAGACUGAGGGCCAACCAGGAACCGGGCCGCACGUGGGCCCCGCCCAGGCUUUCCAGCAGGGCAUGCUGUUCCCCACGGUGGUGCAUAUGGCCCCCACCACGUCUUCCCACCUCGGGGAGAGAGGCAGUACCUCCAGCUUCAGCUGCUACCAUGGGCACCGCUCGGUGUGCAGUGGCUACCUGGCGGACUGCCCCGGCAGUGACAGCAGCAGCAGCAGCUCGGGGCAGUGCCACUGCUCCUCCAGCGACUCCAUGCUGGACUGCACUGAGGUGAGCAACCAGGGGGUCUAUGGGAGCUGCUCCACCUUCCGUAGCUCGCUGAGCAGUGAUUACGACCCCUACGUGUACCGCAGCAGGAGUCCCUGCCGGGGGGCGGCUAGCGAGGCCGGGACUGGCUGCCCACCUGCUCCCCAGGACGAUCCUUCUGCCUCUUCCAGCCAUGACUGCCUUCGGCCCCCGGCCAGGGCUGCAUUUUUCUCAGGGGACCAGCUAUCCGGCUGUAGCCUGGAGCCCAAUUAUAGCAGCCACUCUUCUCUGGAACCCAGGGAAACCAAUACCACUACCUCAAACGGUGCCCUUGAGGGUGUUGAGCCAGAGCUCCGGGGCUGGAAGAAAGGGUCUGAGGAAGGGCAGCAGGGGCCAGCCUGUAGCUGCUGUUUCGAGAUCCCGCCCACCGCUGCUGCUGCCGUCGCCUCAGAGAGCAAAGGGAUGGAGGUGGGCAGGGCCUUGUUUGUAGGCGGGGCUCAUUGCAGCCGGGGGGCGGAGCCCAGGACCCAUUUAGGUUCCGCCCCUCAGAACUUGUACAGCGUUAACACGGACCACUUGUGCCGGGCAGAGCCGGGGAAUUCCGAAGGGCUGCCUUGCUGUUUCUAUGAAGAGACAAGCGUUCACCAGUACAAUGGGGGCUGUUACCCUGAGGACUUUGCCUUGAGUGUCCAGUACCCAUGGACUGACGUGGAGCCCGCCUCCUCACAGAGCCAGCACAUACCCAUCACCCCAGAGGACACGGACUGUGAGCUGGGUCAGGGGCCUGCUCAGGCAGGACAGGGCAGGACAGGGGCCCGAGGCGAGCCCAACGAACUUUACUUUCCCUUGGAGACAUUCGGCAGCCGGAUGUACCCCCUUGAGGAAGAGGAGAGGGCUCUUUUUCACAACAAACGUCCCAGUUUCCAUGAAGCACAGGGGAAUACUGCAGGGUCAUUAACAUCACACCCAUUGGAGGAAGAGAGCCCAGCAGCUCCCACCCUGUGACAGUGCAAGUUCACUCAUACAGGAAGCUUUCAUUUUUAUUAUUAAGACUCAAGCUCUUAGGGUUUAUAUUUUUGUUUUUGUUUUUUGUUUUGUUUUUUAGUUUUGAAAAAAAAAAAAAAAAAGAAACACACUAAAGUGGUAAUAUGGAGAAUUUCCAAAAUCCAACACAUCUUCCUUCAGCCUGGAACUGUGCUCCCAUCUGUCCUCGUUUCUGUUCUCCUUGGCUUCUAGCAGACCAAGUCGUAUUGGUGUGCUCUCCUCGGUUCAACGGUAAACUGAGCUGUGAGAUUAAAAACAGGACCACGCAGGACUUCAAACUUCAGGCUUUCUCCAGAGAGUCUGGGCCUUCCCAUGUACACUCAGGGCUACAGCGGCCUUCAUAGCUAACCAGCAAUUCAUAUUGUACACACAGAGAUGUGGAAUAGUCUAGUUCUGUUACAGUGCCCUGUCCAUAUGUACUGAACAAGCUCACUGAGCUAGGUGCUUUCACUGGUAUGAUUGGGGAUGGUCAAUAAUAAUAAUAAUAAUAAUAUUAAUAAUAAUUUUAAUAAUAGGCUAUAUUUUGAUAUUUUCUAACCCAAUUGAGUCUGCUGCCCCAAUCUUCCUAUUCCUUCUUUAUGUAUGUUUUGUGCUGUUGUAAUAAAUAGGAACGCAACUUUGGAUCUUCGUGUGUUGGAAAAAGAGCCACAGUUAAAGAAAGAAAGAUGAGAACGAACACUAGCUUGAUCUAGAAAGAAGAGAAUGAAUGCUGGCAUGAUCUAGAAAGACGAGAGUGAACGCUGGCUUGAUCUAGAAAAAAUGAGAACAAAUACUGGCUUGAUCUAGAAAGAAGAGAAUGAACGCUGGCUUGAUCUAGAAAGACGAGAGUGAACGCUGGCUUGAUCUAGAAAAAUGAGAACAAAUGAUGGCUUGCUCCAGAAAGAUGAGAACGAACGCUGGCUUGAUCUAGAAAGAUGAAGAUGAAUGCUGGCUUGAUCUAGAAAGAUGAGAAUGAAUUCUGGCUUGAUCCCCAAGGUGGAUUUUGAAAACAGUGUCUCUCUGAAAUGCUUGUCAAUGUUGAUAGUGUUAUCAGCAUAUGCCUUUCUUGUUUGUAUACUGUAUACUGGACUUGUAUACUGUUUCUAUGAAAUAUAUCCAAACUGCAGAGACAACCAGUGAAAUCCCCCUGUUUAUAAGUGACCCGGAAUUCACUAGUAUAUCGUUUGCUCCCCGGCUAAACCUGAUCUGACCUGUUGCUUAUCUUCCUGCUAGAUAAUGUACAGUUGUGCUGGGUACUUGAGGCACCAUUUCAUUUUGAUUUCUUUACUUUUUUUGUUUGUAGCACUUAAAGGAUUGUAUAAAAAAAAAUGGUGUACAAAAAAGUUAUUUUAUUUUCUCCUUCAUUACCAUUUUUUUAUGUUUUCUGAAAGGCUAGAAAGUCAAUGUGUGUAUAUUUCUGUAUAUGUAUAACAGCACAUUUCAUUUAUGGAAAUAUGUUCUCGGAAUAUUUAUUUACUAAUAUAUUUAUCUUUAAGCCAUGUCUUAUGUUGAGAGUGUAUGAGCGUUAUUGAAAUCAUUUCUUUUAUGAGAAAUCACUAUCAUGAGACUUUGUAAAUACAUAAUAAUUGCACACAAAGAUUAAAUAUUCUCUGACCAAAAAACUGAUUUUUAAAUGUUAGUACUAUACAGUUUUGUAACAAAGUGUACAAAGGUCUGUAAAAAUACAGUUUUAUUCA